CCGAUAGAUCUUGGUACGCGAUUUUGGUGAACCCUUAAUGUAAGAUAUCCCAUAUAUUGUGGUCAAUACUGAACAUAAGUGUUUGCAAAACCUGGGUCUCUAAGUCAUAUUGGUAUAUCAGAUUGAGAUAAAGAAAAUAAGGGAAGCUAUUUUGUCGAAUUACUUCUCUUGAACUACCUGGUGUGCUAGCAGUUUCUGAUUGGUGGUGUACCCCUAAAUCUCUAGAUUCUCGUAAUGGGCAAGGAUCGGAGAAUUUUAUAAAGGAGGGGAGUCCCUCUUCUCAUCGUGCCUAGCCAUUCGUAUCCCAUAUACGGCAGACUUCGACAGAGAAGGGAAGACUUCAUUCUCAAUAGUUCCUGCUGGUUUGUACUGGUGUUCUCGAUAGCUCUGCUGGCACUAAUCAGUUAUGGAUGGAACUAUUGUUCAACGACAUUUGACUGGAAUUGAACCACUAAGUGGUUCAAAUUUCAAGAAAUGGAAGUCGCAGCUUGAAAUUGUUUUAGGAUGGAUGGAAUAUGACAUCUCCCUCACUGAAGAAAUGCCUGCAGUACCUGAACCAACUGCAACUAAAUCUGCUAAGACAGAAUAUCUCAAAUGGAUGAAAGCUAACAAGAUGGCAAUGAUGAUCAUUAAGUCCUCAAUAGGAGAUGAUAUUAGACGUGGGAUUCCAUCUAAAGAUACCGUGAAAGAGCUAAUGGAAGACAUAGAGGAUCAGUUUACAGGGUCUAAGAAGGCACUUCAGUUUACCUAUUUAACCCAGCUCAUUUCACUCAAGUAUGACGGACAUGGAAAUGUUCGUGAGCACAUCCCCAAGUUGUCAAAGCUUGUUAUUUCUCUCAAGGAGUUAGAGAUGGAUUUGGGUACUGAUUUCUUGUUCAUUUAGCUGUUGCGUCUCUUCCCCAUUCCUUUGAAACUUUCAAAGUAAACUAUAAUGCUCAAGAAAAGACAUGGACCGUGAAAGAUUUGAUAGCUUAUUGUGUGAUGGAAGAGGAACGCCAAAAACAAGGAAAUGUUGAAUCUGCUAAUUUAGCCUACCAUGGAGCAAAUAAGAAAAAUUUCAAAAUAAAUAGUAUGAAAAGAAAUUUCAACAAGAAUAAUGGAACAGUGAUUGGUAGUAAGAAGAAUGGACCUGAUCAAUCUUCCAUCUCUACUAAAGAACAUAAGGAAGACAAUCCCAAGACUUUGGAGGAGAUCGAGUGUUAUUUCUGUCACAAGAACGGACAUCUUAAGAAAAAUUGCUUCAAGUACAAGCAAUGGUUGAAGAAGAAAGAAGGUGUUGAUAUACAAGAGGAGACCCAGAACUAGGAAUAAUUAGUUCUUAUUCAUUCUUAGCGAGUUGGGGUUGAAACAAUUAGAUAGUUUCAGCUGAUUAGAUGGAGUUUUUUGGAUUCUCUUCUUAGUGUUAAGUCACAUUAGAUAUCUGUUUUCUAUUGAAAAUUAUGCACUUUGUUUUACGCAUUAGCUAUGCUUUAAGUCUUGAUAGUACUGGUGGUCAUACACUGUUUCUUAGAUUAGUAUGAAGAAUAUUUGUUUUGAUGCUAAGUAAUGACAAAUAAAAUCAUUAUAAGAUUGUCUGUGAGCAGUAUGUUUUCAUAUUAAGUAUUAAAGAUCCAUGUUUACCUUCCUUUCCCGUUUAACCUUAUUAUUGUGGGUCAAUUUUUUCUUGGUAGUUAGUGACGUUGUUUUAGCUUAUUGACUUAGUUGAAGAUAAACAACUAAAGAGUUCCUUGUUCCUAAAUUUUAAGAUAACAUUCUAGUAUUUUACUCAGAUACCGAUAGCGGAAAGUGGGGUAUCACUAACUGAAGUUUUUCUUCAUGACAUGAGUUUAUUAAGUAUAAGAAAUUAAGUGAAUCCUUGUUACUGGUAGGAUUGCCAAUUCUUCAUUGACCCAUUCCUUGAUUAACAUAGUUAUGAAACUUCGAGAUAUAGUUCAGGUUCUCGGAAAAAAGUAUUACUCCUGGAACAGUACGUCAUUUUGUUAGCGCAUGUAGAAAUUUAGUUAUCUCAAACAUUUUGACCAAUUUGGUUUUGUUAGACUAUUGUCUUCAAGAUUUUAUUGAUGCUGAUGUUGUUAGGCACGCAAGUGGGCUGACGUUGCUACCUCUGGGGAGGUGUGAGGUUGGUUCAUUUUCCGAAAGGCUCCCACCUGAUUUCUUAUUUCAAGAAAUCCAAAGGACUGUAUCCGGUAACUGAAAACUUGAAAUCCCCUAGACAAGAGAAAAGUAAGCUUUCUAUGAGUCGGUUUCAUGUACAUUGAGCUUGUGUCCGUAUUUCAAACCUAGAACACUUUUAGUUAUUGAACUAUGCAAGUCGGAAUAUGAAUCUUAUCUGAAAUUUUAAUGUAAUCCAGAUUUUUGGAGCGUAGAUGUUCAUUAUUACAGGAAAUUUUGGCUUAUGCACUCACUACAUAGGACUGUAGUUAAUUGUACACUAAAGAUAGUGCACAUCAUCUUUAAUGAAUAUAGUUGGAUACGUAUGCCUACGACUGAUUUUGUUGACUGAAAUAUUUAAUGAAUGAAAUUAUAUAUGUAUAUCAUGUCAAUUUUCAUUGUAUUUUCAAUAUAGGAAAAUUUAGCAUGUUUUGGUACAUUUUUCAGUGGGAAUUUUGCCCUCACAAUUUGAGUGAAGUAGUUAUGCCGUGGGAAUUCAAGAAUCGUUUGGUUCUGUUUUCGAGUGUGAGUAAAGUUCUGUUAAAGUUGCAAAAUGGUAUGAUUGUUAGCAAGAGCUUCAGUUGAGCUCAUGUGUUUGCUGUUUUAAGUGGGAGUUUAGACUUCCAUCAUUUUUCCUUCGGGUAAAAAAAUCAUUAAAGUGGUUCUUUUGGCCCAACAAAUUUUGAUUAUGGCUUAAGUUACAGUCACGUGGUACAGUAAAAUAACUCUUGUUUGAAUAAGUUGCUUUACUAUUGAUGCUUAAGUUGGAGUCAUCUAUUAUUGAUGCUUUACUUUUGUCUGUAUACAUUAAGGAGCCUAAGAUAGCUUUGCAUAAGUCGUGAUUUUGCUUGAGCUUAGCAUGGGUAGGCACCAUGCUUGAUGAGCUUUCUUCCUGGAUAGUUGGUAAUAUAUUUAUUACAAGCGGUAGCGGUAAUCUAUCGGGAUGACAUACACUUUAUUGUAUGAAGCAUGGACUAAGGAUAACACAUUAAAGUUGCGCUAAAUAUUGUGUUAUAUACACCACAUUUAUAGCCACCGUAAAUAAAAAGGAUGGACUACAGAUUCUAGCAACGCUAAAAUUGAGAUGAUGCACUGACCUUGCAUCAUAUUGAAUGCUCGUGUCUUCACUAUCCACUUUAGUGGUGCUAUUUUGUUUAGGUGAAGGUUAAGAUAUAUCUCUGUAAAAUACCCAAUGUGACUUGAUUUCUUCAAAUGUAUGAGUGGUCACCCGAUUUCAAAAAAUAGUGAUCCAGUGAUAUUUUCAUAAAACUACAUUGUGAUGUUUAGAAUUGACCAAGUGGGAGAAUGUAAGAUAUCCCAUAUAUUGUGGUCAAUACUAAACAUAAGUGUUUGCAAAACCUGGGCCU